AUCCCCAUUAAAUCUUUUCUGGAAAUUUUUUUCCUUUCCUACCUAAGCUGCUGUGCAACCCUCUCCCCUAUAUACAUAUCCAUAACGUAUCAAUUUAUUUGAUUAGUUGGUAAAAAUAUUCUGCUUCACGUUGGUCAAAAUACCAAAAUCAUCAUACUCCCAUUUGUUACCUAACAGGCUCAUUUUGUCAAGGAAGAGUGGCGACAUCACCCGUUGGUAGACUCAUAAGGUACCAAAAUCCAUGGAACUGCAACACGUGGUAUGAGUGCCUUUAUGGCAUUCCAAAUGAAUACCGUUGCCGAAGAGGUUUGAGCUUUAGCCCAAAACAGCAAUACUGCGUCAUGAGCGCUAAAGAAUGCAGACUGGCAUACAAAACAGCCCCACAUUCGCUUUAUUUAUUCACCGGAAGGCCGUCAAAAGUCGAUGCUUCCUUCUUAUGGGCAGAUGGCAACAUUAUGCUUAUCGAUGGUUCAACCUAUUUCAAAUUCGACAAACACAGUGGCUCUCUGUUACGUGGCUUUCCUUUAACAAUGAUGGACACAGAUUUGAGUGGAAUACCUCCCAACAUCGAUGCUGCUUUGAGUCUACCGGAACAAAAAACGUACUUUUUCAAACGGGGAAAGGUUUGGCAGUGGGGGUCAAACGGAAUGCCAAAGCGAAUUUCUGACGAUUGGAGUGGCAUACCUGAUGACCUUGACAGUGCUUUUUAUUGGCCGUACAACCACAAAGCCUACUUCUUCAGGGGUGAAUACUUCUACAGAUAUGACAUUGGCGAGAAAAAAGUUGACUAUGGGUACCCAAAACUCAUUGCGUCUGGUUGGCCGGGUGCAUCACCAACAAUAGAUGCUGCGACGAGCUUGAAAAAUGGGACAGUGUUUUUGAUCAAGAAAAAUAAAGUAUUUACCUUCCACCCACCUGUUUGUAAAGAAGAAACAACAUUUAUCGAUGGUCUCAAGAAAGAUUUAUUUCUGUCUUGGUGGCAUCAUGAAUAAAGGUCUUGGAAACAAGGAUAGGGACAAUUUCACAAUUUAGUACAAUAGUUUUUUGUUUGGACGUUUAUCGAAGCUCUUUACCAUCAUCAAGGUAUGCUGCUUCAUAAAUCUUUGAUGCAAAAUUGCAGCUGCAAGAGCCUUACGUUAAAUUUAUUGUUAUUAAUAAAUCAUUAUUGCUAAUGUUUAUCAUAAAUGUUGUCAAUGAACCUUAUAGUUAUUAUUGUAUAUAAAGGAAAAGGACUCACUUGAAUCAUAGAUGCUUGUAAUAUAAUUCUGGUAAACUGAGAUGUGCUUAAUUGAUUCAACACUGUGAAACGUACUUACAUGGUUUUGAUGUAAAAUUUUGCUUUAAAGGAUAAAAUUUUUUAUUUUUUAAGUUAUUUAUAUUAAUAAUGCUAAUAAUAUGGAAAAAUUUGGAUAUGCACCCAAAUUACCCAUCCCAAACAAUUUUUUUCUGAUCGCAAAAACUCUCGUGGCAUUUGGAUUGAGACAGUCAAUUGUAAAUUUUACUUUAAGUAAUGGCCCCAGGGUAGUCAUAGCCUUUGCUUGCCAGGACAUCGUCCCCUGUAUUGUUUUAUAGUAGUUUUUGUUAGUCGUGUAGUCUGUAAUAUAUAUUAUAAUAUUUGAGUAGAAUGAUUAAUAUAAAUUAAGAUAUUUAUUGAGAAAGUACGCUGUUAUACCUUUGUUUGUAACAUAUAGAAUAGAAACUUUUACCCCUAUCUUUUUUGAGAUGAACCAAACCGGCUCAAAUGUAUUGUGAUUUUAGACCAAAGACAACACCCAAGCACUUUUACAGUAUUUGUUGUCGCAG